UUGUUUUUCAGUGUCCUUCACGUACUUACUUUUAAUGUCUUGGACAAGCAUCUGGGUGAUGUUGCCUUUGUACGUGAACCUGAAAUAAAGAAGAUCACUUCGACUACCCCUAUUGACAAUGUGCUAACCGCUGACGUUAUUCAGGACAUACAUCUGGGUUAUGUUGCCUUUGUACCUGAACCUGAAAUAGCGAAGAUCAUUCAGACUACUCCUAUUAAUGAAGUACUUAUCGCUUAUUUUGUCCAGGACAUACCUCCGAAUGAUAUUGUCUUUGCGCCUGAACCUGAAACAAGGAAGAUUACUCAGACUAAUCCUAUUGACGAGGUACUUACCGCUAACGUUAUCCAGGACAUGCCUCCGAGUGAUGUUGUCUUUGCACCUGAACAUAAAAUAAAGAAGGUUUCUCAGGCCACUUCUAUUAACGAGGUACUUACCGCUGACGUUAUUCAGCACAUGCUCAGGGUGAUGUUGUCUUUGCACCUGAACAUAAAAUAA